GUCAUCAUAGAUCAUCAUCAACAAAUCGAAAAACACGCAGUUGGGUGGAUUUUGGGAGGAAUUGGUGAUUCAAAGCGUACGGAAACAAUAACAAACUAGAAGUUUUACCUCUUUUAGUGGAAUUAAGUUAUUUAUGUGUUGUUUAGUUGAUAUUAAAAGAAUAAAAUAUUUAGCUCGUUUGUCCUCGACCUCUCGAACAUUCCCCACAGUUGCUGAACCUAGAGAGGGGAAGCCCAGCAGAGCAGCAUAAAAUCGAUAGGGCAAACCAAAUCCGCCAUUACGAUGCCCCAGGAGAUCAAACGGGAACGUAAAAGUAAUCAGUCGAUGAUGCAUCCGAAAAGAAGUCACUGGAAUGAAGCUCCCCUUUCGCCCUGCCCCAUUCCGGACAUCUCCGACGAUGAGCUGGUGUCGAUUUCGGUGCGGGACCUCAACCGCACGCUCAAACUGCGUGGCCUCACCCGGGACGAGAUCGUGCGGAUGAAGCAGCGCCGCCGGACGCUCAAGAACCGUGGCUACGCGGCGAGCUGUCGGAUCAAGCGCAUCGAGCAGAAGGACGAACUCGAGACGGAAAAGUCCCAGGAGUGGCGCGACAUGGAGGCGAUGCACGACGAAACGGUGCGCCUGCAGGACGAGGUGGAAAAGCUACGACGGAACUACGAGGCGCUGCGCAAGUUUGCCGUCAGUAAAAAGAUUCCGCUGCCCCAGGAGAUGGACAUGAUGUGAGGAGCGCGGAGAAUUGUUCCAAGAAAGCAGUACAUUCUGGAUAGCUCUUAAUUUGCAAUGCAGAUUACAAUUGGUCCAAAGGAAACGAAUUUGUUUCCGUCCUCAUUCACAGUGUGUAAACGUUGUCGACUUCAUCGUCGCAGGAGCAUUUUGCAAUACACUUCUUUUGGUGCGUGUAGUUUUAGUUUUGUACAUAAGUUUAUCACAAUAUUCUUCAUUAAUAAACACAAUUAUUAAACAUAGAAACACGUCGUUGUUUAAAUAAACAUUCUUUAAAUAAAUAAAAUAUUUCGAA